UGUGGUCGGAAAGUGCAACGCUGUAUUUUGUCGUAAACAGUCGGGUUUCAAUGUGUGUAACACCGGUGUUUGGAGUUUUGCCGACUGCUACUGAGUGACGCUUCGUGACUUUUGCAGCAACUGUAUCGCAGCUCAACGGUGUCCACCUGGAGCUCCGAGCUGGGCGUCAUGGGGGAUAAUAUUAUCAUCAGGGUGCAGUCUCCAGAUGGGAUGAAGAAAAUUCCUUCUACCAAAAGAGAGACGGCAGCUGCUUUUCUGAAAAAGGUGGCCAAAGAGUUUGGGUUUAAUUCCAAUGGCUUUUCGGUUUAUCUGAACCGCAACAAGACCGGAGAGAUUCUGUCCCAGAACAAAACACUCAGCUUGCUAAAGAUCAAGCAUGGGGACAUGUUGUUUCUGUUCCCCUCCGCGUCCUCCUCCUCUUCAGGGGAAGGAAUGGACACGGCGACCUCGCACUCAUCUUCAUCCCUGCCGUCUAUAUCAUCCUCCUCUUCGUCCUCCUCUUCGUUCUCGUUAAUCCCUCGGUCAUCCUCUGCACCACAGGUACAGGAGGAUGAGAUAGAUCAGUAUCUGGCAAAGCAGGACGGCAAGAUCUACAGGAACAAAGACCCCCAGCUAUGUCAUCAUGGUGCCCUCGGAAAAUGUGUGCACUGUGUACCGUUAGAGCCUUUUGACGAAGACUAUCUGAACCACCUGGACCCGCCGGUGAAGCACAUGUCUUUCCACGCGUAUCUUCGCAAACUGACCGGUGGAGCUGAUAAAGGGAAGUUUGCAGCUCUGGAGAACAUCAGCUGUAAGAUAAAGUCAGGAUGUGAGGGUCAUCCUCCCUGGCCUGAGGGAAUCUGCACCAAGUGCCAGCCCAGCGCCAUCACUCUGAACAGACAGAAAUACAGACAUGUCGACAACAUCAUGUUUGAGAAUCACACCAUCGCCGACCGUUUCUUGGACUUCUGGAGGAAAACAGGCAGUCAGAGGAUGGGUUACUUGUAUGGACGGUACACGGAGCACACAGACAUCCCGCUGGGAAUCCGAGCUGAGGUUGCUGCCAUCUAUGAGCCCCCACAGACUGCGACCCAGAACAGUCUGGAACUUUUGGAGGAUCCCAAAGCUGCAGCUGUAGAUGAAAUCGCUGCAAAACUGGGGCUCUGCAAGGUGGGCUGGAUCUUCACAGACCUGCUGUCUGAGGAUACCAGGAUAGGAACCGUCCGCUACUCAAGAAACCAGGACUCCUUUUAUCUGAGCGCUGAGGAGUGCAUCACGGCUGGAUAUUUCCAGAACCAACACUCAAACCCCUGCAAGCUUUCUAGAGACGGGUUCUUUGGAUCCAAGUUUGUGACCGUCGUUGCUACAGGAGGUCCAGAUAAUCAGGUCCACUUUGAAGGUUACCAGGUAUCCAAUCAGUGCAUGGCGCUGGUCAGAGAUGAAUGCCUGCUGCCCUGUAAAGAUGCCCCUGAGCUCGGCUACGCCAAAGAGUCCAGCCCGGAGCAAUAUGUUCCCGACGUUUUCUACAAGGACAAAGAUAAAUUUGGGAAUGACGUCACGUUUCUGGCUCGGCCUCUUCCUGUCGAGUAUCUAAUCAUAGACAUAACCACGACUUUCCCAAAGGAUCCUCAGUACACCUUUACAUCCACACAACGCUUCCCGAUUGAAAAUCGUGACAUCCUCGGAGAAACACAAGAUUUCCACAGUCUAGCCAUGUACCUGUCCCAGUGCUCCUCUGUGUCAUUCCUGAACAUCGUCUCAGACUUCCAUUUGCUCCUCUUCCUCGUCACCAACGAAGUCAUGCCUCUGAGGGACAGCAUCGGUCUUCUCCUCGACGCAGUGAAGACGUCCAAUGAGGAGCUGGCACAGACCUGGAAGAAGUCCGAGCAGUGGGCCACCAUCGAGCAGCUCUGCAGUACGGUGGGCGGGCAGCCAUCCAGCUCUCUGGCUUACGAGGCGAUGGGCGGUCCUGCGGCUCCAUCCUCCUCCGCCGCCAUGUGGUCCUGCCCCCACUGCACCUUCAUGAACCAGCCCGGCACAGAGCACUGUGAUAUCUGCAGCCUGCCCCGCAGUUAAAAACCCUCCACAGAACUUCCACGCUGAAAGUCCUCCCUUCACAUGAUCCAGCCGAAAGAUUCCAACAACCACCUCAUCAUCAUUUUUUUUGUCCAGCUCCGACUGGCUGCUGCAGGCUCAGAAGGAUGCGCUUGUUUACCCAAUCUUUAAAAAAGAAAGUUGACUUUGACACGAUUUAAUAUGGUUUGUAAUAUUCUCCCUCCUUUCCGCAGCUCUCCUCUGUUUGGAGCCUCAGCUGUUCAGAUAUUUUCCAUAAUAAGUCGAAUAAAGCCUGCUGUGAUUUAGAAGGACAGCAAAGACCCAACUUUCA